UCGAAACUGUACAAUAUUGCAGAAUAUGGGUGUAAAUUUAGAACAUAUAGAAUAUUUGGCAUGUUGUUUAAGUCUUCAGCCUAUAAUUAUAAAAAACAGAAUUGCUAUACUUAAGGAAAUGGGUGUCAAAUCCAUAGGUUUACAGCAUAUCUUUGGGUUUUCAAAUAGAAUGCGGAAAUCAUUAAAAUGUUUCAAAAGAAGUCAUAAUAUUCCAGUGAAUCAGAAUAUCAUGCAAAACUUACUUAAUUAUAUGGGUAUAACAAACAGUAAGGACAUUCAAAAUUUCACAGAAUUUAAUCCCAAUAUACGAACAGGUGAUUACUAUCAAACAUGUAUGCUAUAUUAUAAAACAAUUUACUUAAAUCUACAUGAUCCAUUAUUCUAUAAAAAUAGAAAGAUGAAAUAUCAAAGUAUCACAGAAAUAUCUAAAUUAGUACAUAUACUAAAAACUGAAUGCAAAUUUGAUAAUGAAUUUCUAAAAGAGCAUCCAUAUCUUCUGAAUCUGGAUGCAGCUAAUGUUGAGGAGUUUCUUACUGAACUCAAAGGUUUAAAUAUAAAUGGCAAUAAUGUAAAUAAUUUUGUAAAAAAAUUUCCACGUAUUUUAUUUUGUAAAGCUGAUAAAGCAAAAGAAUUAUUAGAGCUUUAUAAUCUGUUGGGGAUACCUUCUCAAGCACUUUCUUCUUAUGCAUGUGCUCUCAAAAUGGACAAAGAAAUAUUUCUUGAAAGAUUCAUGAAUAUUGGAAAUAGCAAUGAGUUAGGUGUAUGGUUGCAACAUCGACGUAUACUGCCUAUGAUUUAUUACUAUAAAACAGUGAUGAAUCGCGUAAACUACCUUAGGCCCUUAAAUUGUUUGUAUAAUGCGAAUAUUCAAACACUUUUAUCGGAUAAAACGUAUUUCUUAAGGUUUGUGGAGGGCGAUAUUUUUUAUACAGCUGUAAAAAAACAUUUAGUGUAUAUAUUGCGUAAAGAAUUAGGAGAAGACAAGACUUAUGUAAUAUAUUCUAUUAUGAGGCAUCCUUAUUGGAAACAUGUUUCGCUGGUACACAUCGAUAAAAUGUUACGGCGUUUGAAGAAAUAUUAUUCGGCAGACGAUAUAUGUAAAAAUAUUCAUAUUAUUCUUUAUCCAAGGUCUAAAGUUGCUAGUGUUUUGAAUUCAUUACGUCGAGAAUAUUCUCCAAAAAAUGGUUAUAAUUUUACUUCUACACAAUAUUUGGCAUUAUGCUUGUACAUAUUAGAAAGAAAGUAUCACUUUAGUGGAGAUGCAGUUUGGCAAACGGUGUCGACAGAUACGUCAAAUGUCGGUCCGAAUGUCUUCAAAGAUAUAUGUAAGAAUGAAUCUGAUAAUCUUGUUGAAUAUAUAUGUAAAAACGAUAACAUAUUGUUUAAUGUAAGUGGAGUGGCGUGGCUUGAAUAUUUGCUUCGAUAG